AUGGUGGGCAAAGGAGUGGAGGUGGCUGGGCCUGCAGACAUUGAGAAGGCCCAGGCCUUGGUAGAGAUGGCUGGAGCUCCUCCGUUUGAGACUCGGGCAGAUUUACACCGAGCAAGUAGAGCGGAGGAUGCGAUAAUGCAGCAUGGUGAGAGCCGGAGAGAGGAGGCUGGUCCUCCGGAAGAUAAGAUAGAGGAAGGCAUUCCUGCUAUGAACGAAGAUGAACCAAAGUUCGCCAGAGUUGGUUAUUGGGGCAUCUUCAAGGCCUUCUGCAUUCUCGGGUGGACGGCCUUUGGUGGGCCUGCAGCGCACAUCGGGCAGUUCCACAAGGCCUUCGUAGAGAGAAUGAAGUGGAUGAGCGACGGCGUGUUUGUGGAGUUGCUGGCCCUCGGCUCGUGCAUGCCCGGCCCCACGUCCACCCAGAUGUCCUUCUCGCUUGGUAUCGUGCAAAAGGGGGUCACGGGCGGGCUGCUGUCGGGGAUCCUCUUCCAGUACCCGGGACUAAUCAUGAUGAGCAUCGUGGGCUUUGGAGCGGGGAAGUUUCUGGUUGAACCGGCAAACUGGCUCCGGUCCUUCUCCGCCGGACUGUCCGCUGUUGCCGUGGCCCUGGUUGCGGACGCUGCGUAUUCGUUGUCCAAAAAGCUGUGCAAGAACAGGGUUACAAUCUUCUGCUGCGCCAUUUCGGCGGGAGUCACCUACUACUACGCGUCCCAGUGGAUUUUCCCGACGCUCAUUGCGAUCGGCGGCAUCCUGACGAUUGUUACUGAGCGCAAGAAGGACCUGAGCAUCAGUUCGUCCGACUCCAAGGUCGAGCGGUUUGGGCUCAGCAUGUAUGGCGGCGGAAUACUGCUGGCCUUCUGGCUGUCGAUCCUCAUCGGCGUCGUCAUUGGCAAGAACAACACCAACUACGAGAGCGCCAAGUUCUUGCACUGGUUCGAGUCGUUCUACGUGACGGGGUCCAUCAUCUUUGGCGGCGGCCAGGUGGUGCUGCCCAUCAUCGACCAGCAAGUGGUGAAGUACAACACGGUCUGCACGCCCAUUUACACGUCCGGCGGCAACAACACCUUCAGCACGCCGUCCAACAACUGCGUCCGCGUUGAGUCGCCGGACACGUGGGUCACGGAGCAGCAGUUUUUGGCGGGGCUCGCCGUGGCGCAAGCCAUGCCCGGGCCGCUCUUCAACUUCGCGGCCUAUCUCGGCGCCAUUGUCGGGGGCUUCCCUGGCAUCAUCGCGUGCUGGCUGGGCCUGUUCGCCCCGGGCAUUAUGCUCAUCUACGGCGUGCUCCCGUUCUGGGCCAAGUUCAGGAACUGGCCCUGGUACCGUCGGGCGCUCCCUGGCUUCAAUGCGACCGCUAUCGGGCUCAUCUACGCGUCCGUCUUCCAGCUAGGCCUCAAGGCGUUCGUCAUCAGUCCCUUCCCCAAUGCGUCCAUUGUCAUUGGGAUUCUCGGCUACGUUGCUGUCUCGGCUUUCAAUAUGUGGGCUCCCGUCGCCAUCUUAGCUGGGGGGGUCCUUGGCAUCAUCGCCUGGUAUACCGAUUGCCGUUGA